CCCGCGGCUCCCCGGGGUUGGGGCCGCCACCGUCCCCGGCCACCAGUCGUUGGGUCGGACGGAGCGCGCCCCUCCCUCUUUCCGCUUGGCUGGUUGGGUUGUGCAGAGUACCCGUGGGAUGUACGGAAAGUGGGGUAGGGGAAGGCCCCACCUCUUGGGGAGGUGCGGGCUGAUCAUGGUCUUUCUUGGCCGCCGUUUCAGCUGCAAGCCCCGCCCCGUCUUUUGUGUGCUCUGUUUUGCAGAGUUAAGCCUCUUUGCAGUCGUAGUGGAUAUGCCAGCAGCUUAAAUACAUGAUUGUACGCACGUGUAUGAAUUAAAGUUUUCUCUGUUGGGAUAGUUCUAAUAAGUAUUGCAAAAAACUGACAUUCGAGAGUCUUUUCUUUUUUCUGCUGCUGAAAAGACCACUUGUAUCCGAGUCGUUUGUAUGCAAUGCAAACAGGGAUGAAGAUUGACAGUAAAACCCCAGAAUGCCGUAAAUUUUUAUCCAAACUUAUGGAUCAGUUGGAAGCUAUGAAAAAGCAAUUUGGUGAUAAUGAAGCAAUUACUCAGGAAAUUGUUGGUUCUGCUCAUGUGGAGAAUUAUGCUUUGAAAAUGUUUUUGUAUGCAGACAAUGAAGACAGAGCUGGGCAAUUUCAUAAAAACAUGAUCAAGUCCUUUUAUACUGCAAGUCUCCUGAUAGAUGUUCUAACAGUAUUUGGGGAGCUCUCUGAAGAGAACGUCCAGCACAGGAAGUACGCCAGGUGGAAGGCAGCGUACAUUCACAACUGCUUGAAGAAUGGGGAGACUCCUCAGCCUGGGCCUAUUGGAAUGGAAGGGGAGAGCUUCGCAGAUGUUGAGAGGGAAGAAGCAGGGUCAUCUUCUGUCCAUAGUGGAACAACUCAACCAGCAUCAUCAUCUACGUAUGAAGCUAACAACAUACCGUCUAGUAAUUACACUGGCAUACAUAUACCACCAGGUGCCCAUGCACCAGCCAACACUCCAGCUGAAGUACCUCAUAACACAGGAGUGACAAGUAACACCAUUCAGCCUGCUGCUCAGAAUGUUCCUCUAGUCGAUCCUUCCCUUUACAGUGCUCAGUCUGCAGGGGAAGUCCGUUUGACUCCAGAGGACUUUGCCAGAGCUCAAAAAUAUUGCAAAUAUGCUGGCAGUGCUUUGCAAUAUGAAGAUGUGAGCACUGCUGUGCAGAAUCUGCAGAAGGCCCUCAAGUUACUGAUGACGGGCAGAGAAUGAAGCCUUUAUCCAACAGAUUCUUGUCUUUUGCCUACAGAAUUAACACCUUAUUACUGUACCUGUUAGGGGACUGGAGUUACACAGAGGUUCUCAAUCCUGUCACCCGUGACAAUGAAAUCACUGUUUCAGUGUCAGGUUAGCAAUUAAUGGUACAGUAGGAAUCUCUCUUCAUUUUACAAACAGUGGAUCUAGAAACAUAAGAAUGCAGUGGCUUGACGUAAGCAGAGUACUGAAGAAAGGACUCUGAACACUGCUGAAAAGUUAGAAUUCAUCCCGCAAUAUUUAGAUAUCGGAAUGGGAAAAUGCAGAAUUUGUAAAAAACUUGAGUAUAAGAAUGUUCUAUUAAAAUUCUUACUCUGAUUUUAUUAUUUCAAACAAUUAUUUAAUAAGUAUAAUAACUUUAAAACGGUAACUAAGAUUAGCGCUUUCCUCCUGAAAUGAAAGCAUGUGAGAAGGCUGACAGACCCACAAUGCAAAGGAUGUUUUUCUAUACAUAAUUUAUUUGGGUAUUAUCUGAGACAUAAGUCAAAGUUGAGGGAGACCUGAGGACAUUUCUAUUUGAUUUUAAAACAUGCUGGAAAAAAACAUCUCUUGAUACUUCAGAGAGAGCCAUUUUGAUGUUGUUCCAACCCAAUCCCCCACAACUGUAUGGACUGCUAGAUGUAUUCUUGAUUAUUGGUUCUUGCUCCUUUGGUGUGAACACUUACAAUUUUGUACGUGUAUGGGUAAUUAAGAGAAAGUACUAAUAUUUAUCAGAGAUGAUCCUGAAACUGAAGUCAGAGAUUCUAAACAACAUGAACUUUUGCAGAGAUUCACUUCAUAGCCGUUCCAUAUUCUUAAGAGGCUGAAAAAAGUCCUCUUCUUCAGCCAUUAAAGCAGUAUGGGUUCAUCUCUGGUAUUAGUGUCAUAGAGCUUUGUAUUUCCAGCUAAUAUUCUUCCUGUCUGCUUUGUUGUGGAGACUUUUUGGUCUUGGGAUUUAAUUAAAAUAUCUUGGAAACUGAA